GACCUACUACUCACAGUUAGUAUACACACGCGCGCCGGUUCGCGCCAUUCUCGCCAGAAGAGUUUCGACCGUCGAACAGGCAAAAUGCCGAAUUCUAUGCAAAGUUGUUCGUUCAAAAUGCACCCGAUUGGGCGGACCCUCGGCGACGGAGACGAACUGGAGCUGAAGGGAAAUUUACAGCACAUGGACACUUGCUUUUCAGUUAACUUUCGCUUCGGAUCGGGAAUCGCCUACCAUUUUGGGGUGCGUCUUCACGAGGAGGGUCAUCACGAGGUUUUCCAGGGCUACAAGGACGACGCCCUGUCGGAGUGGGAGGAACACGAACCCGAGGAGUGGUCCUGUGAAGAUGCCACAUUGGACCUUACUUUUCGUCUGAGUGGGGAUGAGAUUUUGAUUUUGGUGGAUGGCGAAAAGCAGUUUGAAACGUUUGAAAGCAGAGUGCCACUGGAGCAGAUCAUCAGUAUUGAGCUGAUGGACGAUAUCAACUGGGUCGAAGAGAUAAAGCUGAAGUUUAACACCAACGAGGUUGAAUAAGUGCA